UGCUCAGUGCACAGUACACAGCUUUCCUAGCAACCCAGCUUUACAUUUUUCUCUGCUCAGAGACUUCACAGAGGAGAGAAAAAAAGAGAGAAAUAGGGAGGGAUUCAGAUAAGCAAGAACAAAAGCUGGACUGGGCAUCUUCUCCUAUAACUGUGUUAGUGUUUGGACCAGAUUGAAGCAGGCACCAGGAGAGUGGCAGCCCUGCAGAGAUAGUGUGCAGUGUGUGUUGUUGCACCACAGUGAGAGUGUUUUAUCAGAGGAGGAGGCAGAGGAAGGGAGAGAGUUGCCUGUUGUCGUGGUCUCUCCCCUGAGUGGCUAAGGGGUGGCUCUUGGUGACAGGAAACGCAAGGCUUGCAAUGAGACCUGAGCGCUGAGUGGAGUAUGCUGCAGACGAUUUACGAGGGCGAGUCAAGUUUCUCCACAACAGAAAGCUGCGUUGGAAACCAGCAGUUCCCCAACCAGAGCAAGAUGCACAACGUGAACAACUCAGUGGACAUUAAGCCAGACUUGCCUUUGGCUGUGGAGUCUUUGUCUCCAUUGGACCUGCGUACAGAUCUGAGGAUGCUGGGUUCAGGCUCGGACCCGGGACUGUGGGAGAGGCAGCUGCAGCAAGAACUGCUCCUCAUUCAGAAGCAGCAGCAGAUCCAGAAGCAGCUACUAAUCACCGAGUUCCAGAAGCAGCAUGAGAAGUUGACCCGUCAGCACCAGGCUCAGCUCCAGGAGCACCUCAAGCUCCAGCACGAGCUCCAGGCCAUGAAACAGCAGCAGGAACUUGCAGAGAAGGAGCGUCGUAUGGAGCAGCAACAGCAGAACCAGCAGGAGAAGGAGCAAGAGAGGCAUCGGCGAGAGCAGCAUGUUUCCAGCCUCAUCCUCAGGGGCAAGGAGCGCUCCCGAGAAAUUGGUCUCACAGGUGCUGUGGCAAGUACCGAGGUGAAACAGAAACUCCAAGAGUUUCUGUUGAGCAAAUCAGCAAAGGACCCUGGCAGCAAUGGAGUCAAUCCUUCUUUCAUCCACCACCAAAAACUCUGGUACACGUCCUCUCACCACACAUCAUUGGACCAAAGCUCUCCCCCUCUGGGCGGCACAUCCCCCACCUGCCGGUAUACUCUGCCAUCACCCAUAGAGAGCAAGGACGACUUCCCCUUGAGGAAGACAGCCUCUGAGCCCAACCUGAAGGUACGAUCACGACUGAAGCAGAAGGUAGCGGAGAGGAGGAGCAGCCCAAUGCUCAAGAGAAGAGAUGGAAACACCAUGACUCCUUACAAGAAGAGGGCUCUGGAGCUAAUGGACUCGACGCCCACUAACAGUGCCCCCGGCUCCGGCCCCAGCUCUCCCAUAGGGGCCUCCAGUGCCUUGGGGGGGGAAAAUGGACCCUCCUCUCUGCCUACCACCACAAAAACUGAGAGAUGGCCUUCACAUCCGAGAUUAUUCCAACCUGAGGGCUCUGUGUCGAUGCUGAACCUAUACACAUCUCCCUCCUUACCCAACAUCUCCUUUGGUCUUUCCACUGCAUCCUCGUCCAUAAGUGCCAUGGGGUUAAAGGACAGACCAACAGAAAUCAAGCAUGGGCUUCCUGGGCACCUGCUGGGCCCUGUACCCCUUCAGACAGGCCUGGAGUCUAAAGUGAGCCCCAGUCACCAGGCCCUCCUCCAACACCUCCUUCAGAAGGAGCAGAUGAGACAGCAGAAGAUCCUCUCCUCUGGCCAAGUCACCAUGUCAUCACACCCUCAGUCCCCUCUGGCCAUGAAGGAUCGCCCCUCCAGCAGUCGGCCUAAACUACCAAAACACCGGCCGUUGAACAGGACCCAGUCGGCGCCGCUGCCUCAGAACACACUGGCCCAGCUUGUCAUCCAGCAGCAACACCAGCACUUCCUGGAGAAACAGAAACAGUACCAGCAGCAGAUCCAUAUAAAUAAGCUGCUGUCGAAGUCCAUUGAGCAGUUACGUCAGCCCAGUGCACACCUGCAGGAGUCGGAGGAAGAGCUGGAGGAGCAGCACAGAGAGCCUAUGGAGAGCAUGCAGGAGGACAGGCUGCCCCCUGGAGGAGUCAUCCGGAAGCACACGCUGAGCAGUAGCAGCAGCAGUGGCUCAAGCGGCGAGCCCCCCGAUGCUCACUACGGGGUCAUCAGGGUCAAGGAAGAGCCGGCUGAUAGUGAGGAUGAGGGCCUGACCAAUCAGGGCUUAGAGUCAGAGCAGAGCUCCUAUCUCCACCAGGUCAAAGGGCGAAUGGUGAUAAGAGCCAUGAUCUGAGAAGGGAAGAGGAGGAGAUCACACACUCUGAACAUUCGCAGAUAAACAGUUCUUACCGACAUGUGCAUCUACACCCCUGCAUUUCACACACACACACACACACAAACACACACACACACACACACACACACACACACACACACACACACACACACACACACACACACACACACACACACACACACACACACACACACAGACAGCAGCCAUUGCAAAGUAGGCCGACUCUCACGGCUGCAGCAUAUGACCCUUUUUCACAAAGCUGCAGCCCAAACUCUAAGACUCUCUGUUUGUUAUCUUUGUGAAGUGAUCUCUGUAAAAUAUGUACCUUUCACUUUUGUGUAUAUAAUAUGAAAAAGAUUUAGACCCUUUCUUUUUAAGAGUUGCUUUGGUUGUCUACAGUCCGCUCAAACAAAACGACAAAAAGUGAUAUGUAUAUAUACUGAGGAGUUAGCAUGAAAGACGAUUUCUAGAAGGUUGAACAGGUGUACAGCUUUUCAAAGAGCCAACCCAUUUUCUGUACAUUUCUGCCUUGAAACAUUUGAAUGGUCUUCUAUCCACUUCAACACUGAGAGUUAUCAAAACGUUUGUUAAGUUCUUUAACACACUACGUGCUCCGCUGUUCUGAAAAACCUGUGAUAAUGUUCCACUUUAAGUGGCCUCAGAACUGUAACAAUAAUGAACAUCUGAGAAUGUAUACUUAAAUCCUAACUGUGGACGCUCCCUCAGGGCAGACUUUUGCGCUGGGAGUGAUAUUGCCAUUGGAAUAUGGUCGCUGCUCAUAUUGCAAUUUGAAGGAUAAAGCACGAAAUCCCUGCUUGGCUGUGCAGGCAUCUCCCAACACACCCGAGUCUCCAUGUCUCUCUCUUUCUCUCUCGGAUCGGUCCCGGAGCCAGGGCCCUGUGUUAAGCCGAGCUCUCCUCCCUAUCUCCCUCUGGGUCC